UUUACCUGAAGGAUUAAAUGUACUUCAGUCGCAAGGUAUAUACGAUACUUUUCGUACUUCCGGUAUGAUUUUAUUAAUUAUUUCAAUAAUUUCAAUCAGUUUUUUCUCUCUUCAACUCAUUUAAUAAACUGUCUUUAAAAUAAGUUACCAUAGUAACAUUGCGUUGUGACAAUUAUAAUUUAGAAACAUUGUCAUUACUAGUGUCAUUGUAAAGAAACAUUGUUAUUGAUAAUUAUUGGUAUCAUGAGUGAAGAAGGUGUAUCUGAUAUUGAUAAAAGAGCAGCCGAAGUAGGUGAAGAAUUGUUACCACCGAAAUCUAGAAAACUAUACGAGCAGCAGUACGAUGCUUUUAAAAAGUGGUGCCGCUUAAAAAAUGUGAGACAACCUACUGAAAAUGCGCUGUUAGUCUACUUCAAUGAUAAAUCAAAAGCGGUUUGUGCCUCAACUCUCUGGGCACAUUACUCAAUGCUGAAAUCGGUUAUUAACAUUAGAGAAGAUAUUGAUAUAAGUAAAUUUCCAAAAUUAUUAGCUUUUUUGAAGAGAAGAAAUGAGGGAUUUAAGCCAAAGAAGUCAAGAAUUCUCACGUCUGAGCAGGUAGAUCAGUUCUUACGGGAGGCUCCGGAUGAUAAAUAUUUAAUGCUUAAGGUUGCACUUAUUUUGGGCGUUGCGGGAGCUUGUCGUGGACAAGAGUUGGUUGAUUUAGAAAUCGACGAUGUGAGAGAUUUGGCUGAUUCGGGAGCAACAAUAGACGUGCUGAAGAGACAUGGAGGAUGGAAAUCCUCCAACGUGGCCGAGGGAUAUAUUGAAUCGUCUAUUAAAAAUAAACAAAAAAUUUCAGAUAAAAUAUUUGGUCAAGUCGCCGAUUCGUCCACUAUAGUUAUGUCACAGUCCUCAUUCUCGCUUCCUGUUUCCGCAGGAUCUUCGAAACAAACACCAGUUCAAUAUGAAAAGGACCUAUCUGUUACUCGUCAGUUACCUGGUGCAUUAACCCAGGAAAGACUGGUCAAUAUGAUGAACUGUCACAAUAUUAAUUUGAAUAUUAACGUUAAUUACCAUUCUAAUUAA